ACCUUGGCCGGGAUUACCCUCCGAGAUCCAGGCCAUGACAAAUGACAUCACUCCCAGCCCGGGCUUAAAAUCUCCCCAUGUGAGGGGACGUGUUUCCUCCAGCCUCUGCAGUCUGCCCGCUCUGUCUAUGUCCUGGGCCACCAGGAGAGCCCCGUCCCUCCUUUCUGAAGGCCCCUGACUUGGGCCUCAGUGUCCCCGAAGAUCAUGAUGGCGUAUAUGAACCCGGGGCCCCACUAUUCUGUCAACACCUUGGCCCUCAGUGGCCCCAGCGUGGAUCUGAUGCACCAGGCCGUGCCCUACCCGAGUGCCCCCAGGAAGCAGCGGAGGGAGCGGACCACCUUCACCCGGAGCCAACUGGAGGAGCUGGAGGCAUUGUUUGCCAAGACUCAGUACCCGGACGUCUAUGCCCGAGAGGAGGUGGCUCUGAAGAUCAAUCUGCCCGAGUCCAGGGUUCAGGUUUGGUUCAAGAACCGCAGGGCUAAAUGCAGGCAGCAGCGGCAGCAGCAGAAACAGCAGCAGCAGCCCCCAGGGGGUCAGGCCAAGGCCCGGCCUGCCAAGAGGAAGGCGGGCACGUCCCCAAGACCCUCCACGGAUGUGUGUCCAGACCCCCUGGGCAUCUCAGAUUCUUACAGCCCCCCUCUGCCCGGCCCCUCAGGCUCCCCCAGCACGGCCGUGGCCACUGUGUCCAUCUGGAGCCCGGCCUCAGAGUCCCCUUUGCCUGAGGCACAGCGGGCUGGGCUGGUGGCCUCUGCGCCAUCUCUGACCUCGGCCCCCUAUGCCAUGACCUACGCCCCAGCCUCCGCUUUCUGCUCUUCCCCCUCCGCCUAUGGGUCUCCGAGCUCCUAUUUCAGUGGCCUAGACCCCUACCUUUCUCCCAUGGUGCCCCAGCUGGGGGGCCCGGCUCUUAGCCCCCUCUCUGGCCCCUCCGUGGGGCCCUCCCUGGCCCAGUCCCCCACGUCCCUAUCAGGCCAGAGCUAUGGCGCCUACAGCCCCGUGGAUAGCUUGGAAUUCAAGGACCCCACGGGUACCUGGAAAUUCACCUACAAUCCCAUGGACCCUCUGGACUACAAGGAUCAGAGUGCCUGGAAGUUUCAGAUCUUGUAGAGGACGCAGUCUCCAUCUCGCUCCGUCGGGACUCGGGACCCUCUCUCAUCUGAAUCUGCGUCCCUGCAGCUUAGAUUCCGGGACGGCAUUCCUGAGAAAGCAGCCGGAGCCAGCAGUCCUUCCCAAGACCGUGGCCUCUGCGGCUCUGGGUCCAGCUUAGCUCCACAGAGCCCACCCGUUUCCUCCACAGGGAGAGGCUCCUCCCUUUGCUGGGACAGCUCACAGGUCCCAGUGAUUCUCUUGACCCCAACACCGUCUGGCGACACGACUGUGACCGCUGAAGUACGUCACGAGCUCCAGGCUUCAGAAACUUGCUGAGAACUUCCUCCAAGAAGAAAUCAAACCAAAAGUUGAUUUGGGGUCAUGUCCGUAGGUCAGAAUCACCGUGCCCUUGAAUAAGCAGGU